CGCCCCCUUUUUUUUUUUCAGGAAAUGUUAUUUCCUAUUUUUGCACAGCAUGCUUUAUCUACUGAUUUUCACGGCAAGGUCUAUGAGAAGGUUAAAACUUUUGUGCCUUCUGGAGAAAACUGUCUAUUGGGAUUCUUACUUGGGUGUGGACUGGACUAGAUGGCUUCUGAAAUCCAGUGAUUCAUAUCCUGAGAGUCACUGUUCUGAGGACAAACCAAGAUGGACGACUUGACCACCUCCCCAUUCUACUAUGAUUAUAAAGCUCCCUGCCAAAACUUUGAUGUGAAGUACACAGCAUCACGGCUCCUCCCCCCUCUCUACUCCCUAGUGUUCAUUUCUGGCUUUGUGGGCAAUGCCCUAGUUUUUCUCAUCUUGAUAAGGUGUAAAAAACUGAAAAGCAUGACUGACAUCUAUCUGCUCAAUCUGGCCAUCUCUGAUUUACUUUUUAUCAUCACCCUCCCAUUUUGGGCUCACUAUGCUGCAGAUCAGUGGAUCUUUGGAGAUGUCCUGUGUAAGCUGCUGACAGGAUUCUAUCACAUGGGGUUUUUUGGAGGAGUAUUCUUCAUCAUCCUCUUGACCAUCGAUCGGUACCUAGCCAUUGUCCACGCUGUGUUUGCCCUAAAAGCUAGAACAGUCACCUUUGGCAUUUUGACAAGUGUCAUCACCUGGGUGGUGGCUGGGUUUGCCUCUCUCCCAGCAAUUAUCUUCACUAAAUCUCAGAAAGAUGGCAUCCAGCACACCUGCAGCUCUCAUUUCCCAUCAGAUCAGUCUGUUGUCUGGAAGAACUUCCAAACUCUAAAGAUGAAUCUUUUGGGACUAGUGUUACCCCUAGUUGUUAUGAUCAUCUGCUACUCAGGAAUCAUACAAACAUUGCUGAGGUGCCGAAAUGAGAAGAAGAAACAUAAGGCAGUGAGGUUAAUCUUUGUGAUUAUGAUUGUUUACUUUCUCUUCUGGGCCCCCUAUAACAUCGUGCUUCUCUUGAACACAUUCCAAGUUUUCUUUGGUCUGGACAAUUGCGAUAGCUCCAAAAAGCUGGACAGAGCCAUGCAAUUGACAGAAACACUUGGAAUGACUCACUGCUGUAUCAACCCAGUGAUUUAUGCCUUUGUUGGGGAAAAAUUUAGGAGAUAUCUCUCGACUUUCUUCCGCAAAUAUAUUGUCCGGAAUUUCUGCAAACAAUGUCCCAUUUUCCAUGGGGAGGCACUUGACAGAGUGAGCUCAACAUAUACCCCAUCUACUGGGGAGCAAGAAGUCUCUGCUGGUUUGUAAAAAAAAAAAAAAAAAAAAAAAAAAAAAAAAAAAAAGAUUUUCUUUUCCCUAAAAAUAUUCUUUGGGGGAUCCUACAAGUCUUGAAAGGAAGUGAAAAUUUUAGAGAUUCAAGAACAAAAAAGCCCUAAAAAUCAAGGAAACAUAAGAAUAAUCAGAUUUCAGAUACAAAACUGAACUUGAUAUUCCCACCUGUCAAGAAAUACAUCAUCCCACAGUAUCAGAAGACUCUUUGUGUAUCAAAUGAUUUCUCCUAAGCUACAACAGAAUGCUUUCUUGUAUGUAUAUAAAUAUGUUUCAAAGAUUCCUGCUACAGCUUUUGUGCUUAAAAUGAAAUCUAAGACUGAGACCAAAAAUUUUUGGAAUGCUAAGAUUUUAUGAAAUAGGAAUGGAAAUUCCUUGAGUCCUAAUUUUUUUAAAGCAAGGUAAGGAGAUGGGCAUAGGGCAGCAAAGAAAUGAGACAAGUGGACUGGUAAGGACUGAUAAGGAGUGGAAUAGCAAUGUCUCCUGGGCCAAGAUGCAGCUAGUCGGGUAAAAGGAAGACUGGCUGAUGACUUAAAAGUUCAGUGUAGAAAUGGUCACAUGUCAUAGGCCAGGCCAUGGUCACUGUCACAGAUUAAACCUUGGAAUAUCUAAUGCAAAUCCCCUACUUCCCAGUGGAGAAUAAGGCCCAGAAAUGGGGAGAGGACUAGAAACUAGCUCUUUAACCCUAAAGACUGGACGUGUUCAGAACAAGUUGGAUAAUUCAACUUCCCAGAUGCAAAGUGUUGGCUUAUUCAUGUUGUUUGUGUCCUUUUAUAUAUUUGCUAUUCAUUCCAUCAAUCAUUCUGGAUAAGAAUGUAGACAAUAUCCUGGAUAAGGAACCUCCAGCUUUGAUUUAAAGGGAACUUAUUAAAUGGCUAUGCUCUUUUUCUUUCCUAAAGCAACUUCAGGAUGUAAAGCCUGGUCAGCUCAGAUGGCCAAAGCUGAUAGUUUUGUUGUUGCUGCUCAAAAAAUAGACUCUUUGGUUUGCUUUCUAGAACUUCAUUUUUUACCUAGAUAUAACUUUAUUUACAAAAUAAAAAUUUCCUAACAGCA